AUGGCAUUGAUCAAACUACAGAAUGUUGAGGACUUCUAUGAGAUUGGAGAGGAGUUGGGCAGUGGGCAUUUCGGACAGGUUCGGGCGGUGCGGGAGCGGGCGACGGGUGCCCGCUGGGCGGGGAAGUUCCUGAAGUUGCGGCGGAGUGUUAGUAGUCGACUGGGAGUGGAGAGGAAGAGUGUGGAGAGAGAAGUGGAGAUCCUCCAGUGUCUACAGCACUGUAACAUCAUGGCCUUGAGAGAUGUGUUUGAAAGCCGUGCUGAGGUGGUUCUCAUCGUGGAGCUUAUCAGUGGGGGUGAGCUGUUUGACUUCAUUGCGGAGAAAGAGAAUCUCUCAGAGAAUGAAGCCAUUGAGUUCAUGAAGCAAAUUUUGAAAGGAGUGGGCUUCAUGCACAGCAAGCACAUUGCUCACUUUGACCUGAAGCCCGAGAACAUCAUGUUGUCAGACAAGCAUGUUGAGCAUCCACACAUCAAAAUCAUUGAUUUUGGCCUGGCUCAGCGACUUACACCUGGAGAACAGUACAGAAGUCUCUGUGGUACACCUCAGUAUAUUGCCCCUGAGGUUGUAAACUAUGAACCACUGAGUGUUGCUACAGACAUGUGGAGUAUUGGUGUUAUUACAUAUAUUCUAUUAAGUGGCAUGUCUCCUUUUCAAGGAGAUUCAGAUGAGGAGACACUACGAAACAUUGUGACUAUGAACUAUGAAUUCGAAGACCAUUAUUUCAACCAAACAAGUGCUAUGGCUAAAGAUUUCAUUGAGAAACUGCUCGUCAAAGACCCAAGUGAGAGAAUGACAGCGGAGGAAUGUUUGUUACACCCUUGGAUUAAGCCUCUCACCCGAAAACAGGCUGCCAACAGGAGUCGCUCCUCUAUCAACAUGAAGAAUUUCAGAAAGUUUAAUGCUAGGAGGAAGUGGAAGAUGUCCUAUAACAUGGUAUGGGCAUGCAACAGACUAUGCCGUUUGCAGUUACUGUGCAAAACAAGUGCUAAAGAGGACCGGGAUCUGAGAAGCUGUGAAAGUGAUCAAGAGGAUACAGACACCAAGCCAGCCUCCCUGAUCCGUCGCAGACUCAGUAGCAGUUCCUGA